AUGGCCACUCCUCCUCCACCUCCCGCCGCCGCCGCCGUGACGCUCGGCGGCAAGGGCGUCGUGCUCACCCCCGCCGCCGUCUACGCUCUCUCCCUCGGCCUCGCCGACCCCGUCAUCGACCCCUCCGCGCUCCAGAGGCUCUCCAACCGCGCCGCCUCUCCGCAGGAGACCCCCAAAUCACUCCAAGAAUUGGCUUUGGCGCCGCACGAAUCCCGCGCGGCCGCGGCGGUGCUUCUCAACAAGCUCCUCCUCACGGCGGCCGACUCCGCCUCCGCGCUCGUCACCGCCGCGACGGCCACCACCCUCGCCGGCUCGCUCGACCUCGCCGCCGCGCCGCCUCCCGCCAGCCGGGACGAGGCCUCCAUCGCCGCGGCGUCCGCGCCGGUGGCCGUCGCCCUCGCGGCCCUGAUCGACUGCUGCGCCGCCCCACUUGUCUCCAUCGCGGACGCCGUCGCUGCGCUCUCAUGCGAGGCCGCUCGCGGGGACCUUGUGGCGUUCGACGUGCCCGCCUCCGGCGACGGCCUCUCCGUCAAGGAUGAGGCCGACGUGGCCGCUGAUGUCAAGACGCUUUUGCUCGGGUCCAAACUGGUCAGCACCGGUGGAGGCGGCGCCUCCGGGGCAUUCUUCACCAAGGUGCCCGCCGUGAAUGGGGCCUUCCGUGAAGCCGUGCGCGCCCUGCACAAGAGGGUGCGGGUCGAGCUCAACGCUCCGGUGAAGCUGGGAAAGAGGGAUGCUGGGGAGACCGGUGAGGGGAAGGAGGAGGCUUUGAUGGUUGUGGUGGCACAACUCACGAGGUCGGUGCACGCAAUGUGCAAGCUCAGCGUCGCUCGGGCAAGGUUCUGUGCAGGCAGCAUUGCGGACGCCGAGCUCAGGGAGAAGCUUGCUGGUGGCACUAAUGUUGAUGACUUGACGGGGAUGUUUGCUAAGGUUGCGAUUGACUCGGACGCCGUGUCUUUCUUGCGGAGGGCGUACAGCUACUUGCUCAAGUUUAGGGACUUCCUUGCGUGGGAGGCAGCUGUGGCCAUGGUAGUGAUUGAAAUGGAUAGUUCAAUUGAGAAGCCACAGGCUACUGGGGAGAAUGAAGCUGGCAGUUCGACGGAGAAUAAACAAGCUGGUGGGAAAAAAGAAAAGGGUGACAGGAAAAGCAAGAAGAAAAUGUUGGGGAAGGGUACUUCUGCUGUACUGAUGCUGCUUAGGGAUCAUGCUACAGAUGGAAAGGCUGUUCCUUGUGUGAAUUCUGCAUUGGUUGCAGAUUGGGGAAUUGAGUUGUCUCUGUUCUUUGAUCCUAAGUGCCCCAAAUUGGAGCUCCUUGUGAAGAAAGUAAAGGAGAUUGUAGAGAGCAAUGAAGUGGGGAGAUUGCCUAAAAUUCCCAAGGGAACACGUGACUUUGGGAGAGAGCAAAUGGCCAUAAGGGAGCGUGCUUUUGCAAUAAUAACUGGUGUAUUUAAGAUGCACGGUGGUGUUGCACUUGAUACACCUGUGUUUGAGUUGAGAGAAACCCUUAUGGGCAAAUAUGGCGAAGACUCAAAAUUGAUAUAUGACCUUGCUGAUCAGGGUGGUGAGCUUUGUUCUUUGCGGUAUGAUCUGACUGUUCCAUUUGCCCGUUAUGUUGCCAUGAAUAACUUAAGUGCAAUCAAGAGAUACCAGAUAGCAAAAGUAUACAGGAGGGAUAACCCAUCAAAGGGAAGAUAUCGAGAAUUCUACCAAUGCGACUUUGACAUUGCUGGAGUAUAUGAGCCAAUGGAACCAGAUUUCGAGGUUAUCAAAGUAUUGACUGAAUUGCUGGAUAAGCUGGAUAUUGGUGUGUAUGAAGUAAAAUUAAAUCACAGAAAGUUGCUUGAUGGAAUGUUGGAGAUCUGUGGCGUGCCUGCUGAGAAGUUCAGAACAGUUUGCUCAAGUAUUGAUAAGCUAGACAAACUUACCUUUGAAGAGGUGAAAAAGGAACUGGUGGAAGAGAAAGGGGUAUCGGAUGAAACUGCUGAAAAUAUUGGCAGUUUAGUGAAGACAAAAGGACCGCCACUAGAAGUUUUGCUGGAAUUGAGAAAGGAGGGUAGCAAGUUCAUGCAGAACGAGGGGUCUGUUGCUGCAUUAAAUGAGCUGGAGAUAUUAUUCAAAGCUCUAGAAAAAGCAAAUGCGAUUGACAGGAUAAGUUUUGACUUAAGCCUUGCUAGAGGCCUUGAUUACUAUACUGGUGUGAUAUAUGAAGCUGUGUUCAAGGGCACUACACAGGUUGGAUCUAUUGCGGCUGGUGGCAGGUACGACAAACUUGUCGGUAUGUUCAGCAACAAGCAAGUCCCUGCUGUUGGAGUCAGCCUUGGAAUAGAAAGGGUCUUUGCAAUCAUGGAGCAACAGGAGAAAGAUAAAAAUGAGGUGAUCAGGGCUACCGAGACAGAGGUUUUGGUGUCAAUUCUAGGAAAGGACCUUGUAUUGGCUGCUGAGCUUGUGAACGAAUUGUGGAGUGCUGGGAUAAAGGCAGAGUUCAAGCUCACCACCAGGGUGCAGAACCACAUAAAGUAUGCGACACAAACAGGCAUUCCGUGGAUGGUGCUGGUCGGUGAGUCUGAAAUGAAGGCGGGAAAGGUGAAAUUGAAGGACAUUAGAGCUAACCAGGAAGAGGAAGUUCUAAGGAAGGAUUUUGUUCAGGUGCUGAAGCAGAGAUUGUCUAACCCUUAGAGAUGAAAUCUUAGAAGAUGUAGAACGUGUUUGUACUGGGAGAUACACUGAUCUAAAAUUUCUGCAUCUCCAUUUUGCCAAUGCAUAUUGGGUGAUACAUUGAUCUAAAUUUUUGUGCAUCUCUAUUUUGCCAAUGUGUACUGGGCGAUUCAUUUAUAAGUUUUGUGCA